CCACUUUUCACUUUCACCAUCAUCAGCUCGCACGCGGCUGUUCGUGUAUGUGACUCCAGUCGCUUCAGAUUAUUGAAUAACGUGCAGCUAUAAUCACCUUAACUUUUCCGCUGGAAAUGCCGUCCGUCCUGCUCGGCAAUGUGGCGGCCAAUGAAAUGGCUCAGGAUGAAGAGUGGGCUAACGACACCAAGUUGUACAUGCCAUACGAUGUCGAGCAAAUCUUGCUCGCCGACAAUGCCAACUGUGUUGCCGUGCAGACUUUUUUGAGGAUGUGCAAUCUGCCGUACAGAGUGGAAUACCGGAAAAAUGCAGAGUUUAUGUCGCCCUCAGGAAGAGUGCCAUUUAUCCAGUGUGGAAAAUACUUGAUACCUGAACUGGACCAUAUUGUGACUUUUGUCAACAACAAGGGCAAAAGCUUGACGGGCCAUCUAAACGAUAAGCAAAAAUCCGACAUGCGGGCUGAUUUGUCUUUAAUCAACAAUGUUCUAGUCAAUGCUGAGCUUUACCUGACCUGGGUUGAGCCUGUGACACUGAAGGAAGUAACAAUUCCAAGGUACAGCUCUGUGUAUCCAUGGCCUCUAGGUACGGUGCUCAGCUACUCAAAGCGUUCUGAAGUUAUUGCAAGGCUAAAAGCCUUGCAGUGGUAUGACAAAAGUAUUGAAGAGGUGUACAACGAAGUAGAUAAGGUUUGCAGCAAUCUCUCAUCAAGACUCGAAAAGAAUCAGUAUUUCUUUGGAAAGCCCACGGAGUUGGACGCUCUCGUUUUUGGUCACCUGCACACAAUUUACACAACCAAGCUGCCAUACACAGCUCUGUGGGACACGGUAAAGUCGUAUCACAAUCUUAUCGCUCACACAGACAGGAUUAACAGCUUGUAUUUUUCAAAGAAGGGCUAGAUGACAAGUAUUUAAUUUGUGCAGCGGGUCAAAUUUUGACUCUAAUAGAGCUAAUGAUUGUCCUUGACAGUGGAAUGAAUAAAAUCCAUGCAAACAAGGUAAA